GCAAGUCUCACCUUCCUGUCUCCGUGUCUUCCCAUAAGCCUCGGCGGACGGCCCACCCCCUUCCUUUCCCAACCGAGAAGCCGCUGCUGCCGGAGCGCCAUCAUGGGAGUAGAUAUCCGUCAUAAUAAAGACCGCAAAGUGCGGCGAAAGGAGCCAAAGAGCCAGGAUAUCUAUCUGAGACUUCUGGUUAAGCUUUACCGUUUCUUGGCCCGGCGUACCAACUCUAACUUCAACAAAGUAGUACUGAGGCGUCUCUUCAUGAGCCGCACAAACAGGCCACCAAUGUCUCUUUCUCGCUUGAUUCGCAAAAUGAGGAUGUCUGGACGUGAAAAUAAGACUGCAGUGGUUGUUGGAUGCAUUACAGAUGAUGUUCGAAUUCAAGACAUCCCCAAACUUAAGGUGUGCGCUCUUAAGGUGACCGGCGGUGCACGUAGGCGUAUUUUGAAGUCUGGAGGACAGAUCUUGACAUUUGACCAGCUGGCCCUUGCUGCCCCCAAAGGCCAGAACACUGUCCUGCUCUCCGGACCUCGUAAGGCACGUGAGGUGUACAGGCAUUUUGGCAAAGCCCCUGGUACUCCACAUAGUCACACCAAGCCCUACAUUCGCUCCAAGGGUAGAAAAUUUGAGCGUGCCAGAGGACGCAGAGCCAGCAGAGGAUACAAGAACUAAAGUGGUUGUCUAUGCUUUGUACACAAUAAAAAAAAACUGUUUAACUGUUUCACGACCAAUUCAAUCUAA